AAAAACAAAAAGGAAGCCGAUUCUGUCUCAGGGUUCCGCAGUCUUGUUCCCGAAGCCAACAUGAACUGCUUCUCCACUCCCAGUCCUCGGAGGUGGUAAACCUGUAGGUUGUGAAGUUUGCGUGCCCAUUUCGAAACCCUCUCUCUCUCUCUCUCUCUGUCGCGGUUCGCGAUGGAUUUGGACCCCGAAGGUAUCUUCCGCGAUGACUCAGACUCCGAAAGCGAGUUAUACGAGGAGAAGGAACCGACCAAGGAGCUCGCGGUCUAUCUCAUUGACGCCUCCCCUAAAAUGUUCGCUCCGAUUGCUGCCCAUGAAAACGGGAACAAGGAAACUUAUUUUCAUGUUGCAAUUGACUGUAUCACUCGGUCUUUGAAGACUCAAAUAAUUGGUAGAUCUUAUGAUGAAGUUGCUCUUUGUUUCUUUAACACUAAGGAAAAGAAAAAUUUACAAGAUGUGAAUAGUGUUUAUGUCUUCAAUGUAAUGGAGAGAGAAUUAAUUGAUCGACCGACUGCAAAGUUGAUUAAAGAGUUCUCCAGUAUAGAGGACAAAUUUAUGAGCACAAUUGGAAGUCGAUAUGGAGUUUUACCAGGAUCUAGGGAGAAUUCCUUGUAUAAUGCUUUUUGGGUUGCACAGGCAUUGCUGCGCAAGGGCUCUGUGAAAACCUCUAGUAAGAGAAUUCUUAUUUUCACCAAUGAUGAUGAUCCAUUUGGUAGUAUGACGGGUGCAAUGAAAGCAGAUAUGAUCAGGACAACGACACAACGUGCAAAAGAUGCACAAGACCUUGGCAUCUCGUUUGAACUUCUUCCACUGAGUAGGCCAGAUGAGGAGUUCAACGUAUCUAUGUUCUAUGCUGACAUGAUUGGAUUGGAGGGUACUGACAUAUCUCAGUUCUUGCCAUCAGCAAGUGAAAAACUUGAGGAUAUGAAAGAUCAGUUGAGAAAAAGAAUUUUCAAGAAGCGAAAAGUAAGAACACUUACAUUUUCAAUAGCAAAUGGUAUCUCUAUUCAAGUAAAUACUUAUGCUUUAAUCCGUCCAACCUUACCAGGGGCAACUAUGUGGCUUGAUUCUGUCACUAAUCUUCCAUUACAGACAGAAAGGUCCUUUAUCUGUGCAGACACUGGUGCUUUAAUUCAGGAACCAUCAAAACUUUUUCACCCUUACAAAAAUCAGAUGGUUCAAUUUUCUAAGGAUCAGAUACUUGAAGUAAAGAAGAUUUCAAAUAGCCACCUUCGUCUUCUGGGAUUCAAGCCUUUGGAUUGUUUAAAAGAUUAUCAUAAUUUGAGGCCAUCGACAUUUAUAUUUCCAACUGAUGAGGAGGUCAUUGGAAGCACUCGCAUUUUUAUUGCUUUAUAUCGAUCAAUGCUACGCCUUAAGCGGUUUGCGUUUGCUUUCUAUGGAAAAUCAAGCAAUCCACGGCUAGUCGCGCUUGUCGCGCAGGAUGAGAUAAUAAGUUCAAGCGGUCAAGUUGAACCUCCUGGAAUGCACAUGAUAUAUCUUCCCUAUUCUGAUGAUAUCAGACAUGUUGAAGAGCUUCACAGAACAGAUGAUGCUAUUGCACCUCAUGCCACAGAUGAUCAGAUCAAGAAAGCCUCUGCUUUGAUGAGGCGUAUAGAUUUGAAAGACUUUUCAGUUUGCCAAUUUGCAAAUCCAGCUUUGCAGAGACACUACGGGAUACUGCAGGCUUUGGCUCUGGAUGAGGAUGAGAUGCCAGAUAUCAAGGAUGAAACCCUGCCUGAUGAAGAAGGCUUGGCUAGACCAGGAGUAGUCCGUGUACUAGAAGAAUUUAAAAUAGCCGUUUAUGGAGAAAACCAUGACCAGGAGGAAGCUGACUCUAUGUCUAUGAGAGGUUCUCGAAGUGAGGCUUCCCGGAAGCGCAAAGAGAUGGCUGAAACUGCUGAGAGAGAGAGUUCAAGAUAUAAUUGGGCUGAUCUUGCAGAAAGUGGACAACUGAAGGACCUGACUGUUAUAGAGUUGAAGUACUACUUAACCGCACACAACCUUUCAGUGACUGGGAAGAAAGAGGCUCUGAUAAGCAGAAUCUUGACCCAUUUGGGCAAGUAAAUUCUAUUUGGCACAGUUCUCAGCUUGAAACACCUGCAGCUGCUUGAUGAUUAUGGAAGUAUAUAUUUUUAGAUAUAUGGAUUACUUUCUCCAUUACCAAGCAGCUGCCCUUGGUGGCAUCGGCAUCUACCUGUCAGCCUUUCAUGUCAAAUGCAAGGCAAAUUGUGAAUGCAAUUUAUUCUGAGUAUCAAUCAAUCAAUGUUAGGUUUCAGCUGUUUUGUUUUGAAAAUCUGUUUAAUCUCUUAACUGGAUAGUUGAGCCAUGUCACUCAAAAAGAGCAAAUUCAAUUGCCUUAGAAAGAAAGUAUUUUGUCUCACUA